AGUACAAAAAUAGAAAAAACCCAAAAAAACAACUACUUCAUUUUUCCCAUUUGAUUCCAUUUAUUUUAGCCACAGGGAAAAGGGUAAGAGGCUGAAACGGUAUCGUUUGCGGCCGCUAUAUGAACCUCCACCGCGCUGUAGUUUUUACCUACGUAAUCGAUGGAGGUGCAUAUUUUGACGGUGAAAGUGGUUUCAAUUUCAUCAACGAAGGAAGGACAGGCGGCGAUACGGCGUCGCAGAGCGUUGGUGAGGUUGGACAGAGAAUCGGGACAAGGGGAAUUGCAAGCCGGCGUUAUCUCUCAUGAAGCACUUCAAAGCUCAUCCUGCCGGCUUCAUCCGGGGCUUCGGUGCCGCCGCUGCCCCAAAGAUUUCAAUAUUUUAGGUCUCUGGAAGAGUUUCUUCUUCUGGGUUAGCUGGGAGGAGCGAACAAUCAUAUCUGCAGUUAGUAAUUGAUGCAAUCCUUCAAUCCCUGAAGCAUAGUCUAGAGUUUCAAUUGGAGGAGGAAGAAGCAGAAGUACGUCGUUAUCUUCUUUUUUCUAGUGCGCAUUGUCUCGGUAGUGCUUACAAAUCAUAUGCAACAUUUGUAGGAAUUUUUAAAACUAGAAACUUUACUAUGAAAAUGGAAAACAAAUUCUACCAAUGGUACUUGCCUGCUUUUAUACAUGCUAUAUGGAUUAUUUUCUUCAGAGUUUCUUUGUUCUCAAGUAACUUGGGAGGUGGUAUCGAUGAAAGUAUGGAGCCACAUCUAAAGUAUCUUCCUGGUCCUAAACUUAGAUUAUUGUUAAUAUGAGUUUUUCAGUUACAAAUUGAGGUUUAAUUUUCAGUGUUGAAAAGCAAGUACUGGAUUUUUGUUAAUUUAGUAGUAAUUGUAGAACUUGAGUUGUUAUUUUAUGCCAAUAUUUUCACUCACAAGCUAAACAUACACAUGUUCCCUUUAUCCAUGCAACUUUAACUUGCUACAAUGUCUAUCAUGAUUACCAUCGAUGAUUUCUACAUGCAUACUGGUAUUGAAGCUAAAAUAGCCGAAAAAGGUUGUUUUAAGACUCUUUAUGUCAUUGAAUAGCCUUAUUUUUUUUGCUAAGUUGCGCUUUAAAUCUUGCCAAAAGAUAUUAGAAAAAUUACUGAUGCAGAAAGUUAUGAAUCUAUAUAUGAAGAUCGCCUGAUGUGUUUGCAAGUAAGUACAAAAUCAAUUAUGUUCUAUCCAUAACCAAUGCCAUAAGUACAAUAUAAUCGACUUUAUACUGAGUUUUACAUUGCUGGAUGUAGAUGUUUUCUUGUCUUGUUUUUUGGGUUAUCUGCAGUUAUUUACUGCAGUGAGUGAUUCUUACUGGCAUAGCAAUAUAGUUAUUAAGUCUGUUUAUUGCUUAAACUUUUCAGGUCAAGACACUCUAAGAUAUAAAUAGUGACUUAUUAUGCAUCAAGAUCAUUAAUUUCCUUGAUAUAAGUUGUAUAUUAAGUUUUUUAUAUUAAGGUUAGCAUACUUAUCAACAAUAACAAUCUUAGUUAAACCAGUGACUUGUAAUGAGGAUCUUCUUCGAUAUUCUUCAGCAAUAGUAUAAUGUUUUUCAGCAUGAAGCUGGUCACUUUCUAGUUGGCUAUAUGCUCGGGGUCUUGCCUAGACGAUACAAAGUACCGAGCAUGGAGGAUCUAUUGCUGGACAAGUUUGCUUGUGGGAAGGUGGAAUUUAUUGGCUUUGAAUUUCUUAGGGAAGUUGGCAUUGGUCCCAUGUCAAAUAGAACCUUCUCCAAAGGGAAGCUUAAUAAAGAGGUUGUCAAAGUUUUUUCAUGUGUGAUACUUGGUGGCAUGGCAGCAGAACACCUGCUAUUUGGAUACUCGGAGUUACUGCACUCAGAUGUUGAGAAGCUGCAAGCCAGUUUGCCAGAGGUUGAUUUUGCGCAUAGGCAGGCUGCAGAAGCUACGGUCUUCAUAUUAUCUUCUCAAAUGGAAGCUCUAUCUAGGGUAGUAGCUGAGGCCAUGGCUUUGGGUGGAUCAGUUGGUUUUUGCAUUGAGACCAUUGAGCAUACGUUAAGCCUGAACAAUAAGCUGUGAAACUUGGAAUGUUUUCAGCUAGCAUCCUUUCCACAUCAAGACUUACACGUAAAUAGACACUAAUAAUAAGCAGUUUUCGCUGAUGCGUAUAAUCUGUUCCUUUUUUAGUUUUAUGUCAUUGGAUUUUAUGUGCAGAAUUUUAGUAAAAUCUUUUCACCAUCACCCCAUACAA